AUGUCCACCACCACACAGAAGGUGGCCGAGAAGCUUCCCUCGAAGGAAGAGCUCAAGGAAGAUGUCAAGAAGGCGACCAAGUCUUCGGUCCAGUCGCUUCGCGCGCUUGUUGCUGGAGGUGUAGGUGGUGUCUUUGCUGUGGUUGUGGGACACCCGUUCGACCUAGUGAAGGUGCGAAUGCAGACUGCUGAGAAGGGUGUCUACACUGGUGCGAUGGAUGUUCUGAGGAAGGGAAUCGCAAGAGAGGGUCUGGUAAGAGGACUGUAUGCAGGUGUAUCCGCACCUCUCGUAGGUGUAACACCCAUGUUCGCUGUUUCCUUCUGGGGUUACGAUCUCGGCAAGCAGCUCGUAACUUCCGUCUCGACGGUCGAGAACGGCCAGUUCAGCGUUGCUCAAAUCUCCGCCGCCGGUUUCUUCUCUGCCAUUCCCCAAACCAUCAUCACCGCACCCUUCGAGCGCGUGAAGGUGCUUCUGCAGAUUCAGGGCCAAAAAACGUUGGCUCCGGGUGAGAAGCACAGAUAUAACGGUGGUGUGGAUGUUGUCAGGCAGCUAUACAAGGAGGGUGGAAUUCGUUCGGUAUACCGUGGCUCUGCCAUGACGCUUGCACGUGACGGUCCAGGCUCAGCGUUCUAUUUCGCAACUUACGAGACUGUCAAGAGGAACCUCACGCCCAGGGAUCCAGUUUCCGGCCGGCCAGGAGAACUCAGCAUGCCCGCCGUCAUGGCCGCUGGCGGUGCUGCUGGUAUCGCCAUGUGGAUUCCUGUCUUCCCUAUUGAUACAAUCAAGUCCCGCUUGCAGAGCGCUGAGGGCCGGCCAACCAUCAGUGGCACGAUAAAGGGCAUUUACGCGAACGGCGGUUACAAGGCCUUCUUCCCUGGUAUUGGGCCGGCGAUGGCCCGAGCUGUCCCAGCCAACGCAGCCACCUUCGCUGGUGUCGAGCUUGCCCAGAAAGCAAUGAGGAAGAUGUUUGACGACGAUGACCAGUAA